AUGAAUAUACAGCCUCUCAAACUGUUGAUUAGUGAGAUCGAUAAUUUCAUUUCCUAUACAGAAAUCCUAUCUCAGAAUAAGGAGACCGAUCAGGCUAAGGAGGUACCUGGCUGCCUAACAUGUCAACAGUGUCAAUCCAGUCGUGCAGUAGAUGGCGAUAUUAACACGUGUACAAGGACAGCACCUUUUGGAGUUAGUAAUCCAUAUAAAUGGACAUGGUGGUAUGUUGACCUUAAGAAAGUAUUCAGCAUCUUCAGCAUCAGAAUACAGUUCAGAGACUAUGGAUUACAAUAUGUCAUGAGACAAAGAGGACGUUUUGUUGGUUUCUCGCUCUAUGUGUCAAACACAACUAUAAAGGAGGAUGGGUAUCUGUGUUACAGGAACGGACAAGAGUUACCGGCCUUGGAUUUCAGUAGAACUUGCGUAAAACAUGGACGUUACGUUAUAUUUUAUAAUGAAAGACUUGACGGGACAACUUAUCCUACUGGAUAUCAAACUGUAAACGUGCUAUAUUUUCUCUGUGUUACAUCUUUAGGUUGUAAAGAAUCCGGUUUGUAUGGAUAUAACUGUGAUCUACCCUGUCCAAACAACUGUCAUGAAUUGAGAUGUGACAUUCUCAACGCAACGUGUUUGGGUUGUACUGCAGGAUGGGUUGGGGACUUUUGUAACAAAUCAUGUCCAGCUGGAUAUUACGGUUUACAGUAUAGAUCUACGUGUACUGGACACUGCAGAGACAACCUGUCCUGUAAUCACAACACUGGACAAUGUGACUAUGGAUGUGACAAUGGAUGGACAGGAACACAAUGCAGCACACAGUGUCCAGCAGAAUCAUACGGCCCUGAUUGUGUGUAUUACUGUAGUGGACAGUGUCGAAGUUACCUCCCCUGUAACAGAACAACAGGGAGAUGUGACGGAGGCUGUAAUCCAGGAUAUACCGGGGAACUAUGUGACAAAGUAUGUUUAGUUGGUCGGUAUGGACUGAAUUGUUCAGAGAACUGUAGUUCCGGUUGUCGAUCUGAAAGUAAUCAUUGUAACCAUAUAGACGGACAAUGUGAGCAUGGAUGUGACGAUGGAUUCCAAGGAAGUAAAUGUGAGAAAACGUCAUGGUCACAGGAUGUGCAAGGACAGAAAUCGUAUAUUGCAGCGCAAGGACCAAAAUCAAAGACAAUAGUUGAUUUCUGGAAAAUGGUGUGGCAAGAAGACAUUAGUGUAAUUGUUUGUCUGACGAAUCUCAAAGAGGGAAAUAAGAACAAAUGUGCCCAAUACUGGCCAAAUUCCAGUGACAAGAUAAAGAAAGGCAACAUCAGCAUACGAAACCAGAAAGAAAACGUAUACGCGGACUACGUCAUCAGACACUUCCGCUUGCAAAACAGCGCCAAUAAAGCUGAGCGUGACGUGUGUAUGUUCCACUAUACGCAGUGGCCGGACCAUGGUGUCCCAGAACCGCUGGCUCUUGUGGUAUUCCAUCGACACGUUCUAAAAACUUCUGUCGAACAUCCAGGGAAGUACACUCUUGUCCACUGCAGCGCUGGGAUUGGUAGGACAGGGACGUGCAUAGCAUUGGACGCGCUUAAUAAUGGAGGGGAGAUAACUGGGAAAGUUAAUAUCCCGCAGUAUGUAGAAACCAUGAGAAACAACCGUGCUAACAUGAUCCAGGGCGACGAUCAAUACAGAGUUGUCUACUUGGCGUUACUUGAAUCAUUCCGAGAAAAAGGAAGGUCUGUAUCAACCAGGACAUUUCUACGAGAAUUCCAGGAUCAUUCCUGUUAUAUCAAUCUCGGAGAAGUAGCCAAUAAAUCACCACUUUCUGCUGAAUUUCAGGACCUGUUGUCCGGAAGACGAGAAUACACACAAGAAGACUACAAAACAGGGCGGCAAAACGUAUCAGCCAAUUACACACCCAGUGUUCUGCCUGUUGAAAGUUACAUGUGUCCAUUGUUAAACACCAAAGGGAAGAACACCUACUACAACGCAGUUUCUUUACAGUCGUUCACAAGAAAUGAUAAUUUCAUCAGUGCUCAAUACCCUCUCCCAGAUUACACAGAGGACUUCCUGAGACUUGUGAAGGCUUAUUAUGCACCUACAAUUGUAUCCCUGAGCCCGUUGGUGGAAAUCAAAUCGUCUUCACUUUGGCUUCCUGCUAAAAAUGAAAGCAAAACGGUUGGAGCAUUCACGACUAAAAUGACAGAUUGUACACAAACAACCACAGUCACCAAGACUAGCAUUACUCUGCACCAACAGGGAGCUAGCGGUAUGAGCGUUUGCGUACUGGAAUGUAGAAGAUGGAAAGCAGAAAGCGACUCCUCAAACCGGAGAGUUUUACUUGAUCUCGUCAAUGAAGCGAGGGUGGAGGAAAGGACCCACCCCGAGGGAAGGAUUCUGGUUCUGUCGAGUGAUGGGGCCAAGCGAUGUGGACAAUUCUUGGUUGUAUUCAAUGCUCUGGAACAACUUACAAUGGAUACAGAGGUGGACAUAUUUACAAUCACAAGACAACUCCAAAUCCGACGGCCAGAGUUCAUAUCUUCUUUGGAAGAAUAUCAGUUUUGUUACGAGGCCAUUGCUGAUCAUCUCCAAAAUAGCACAGUGUACACGAAUUGCUGA